AUGCUAGAAGCACGCCUCGAAGAAGCGAACCUGCUGAAGAAGGUCGUCGACGCGAUCAAAGACCUGGUGCAAGACUGCAACUUCGACUGCAACGACAGCGGCAUCGCGCUGCAAGCCAUGGACAACUCGCACGUCGCCCUCGUCUCCAUGAUGCUGAAAUCCGAGUCCUUCUCCCCCUUCCGCUGCGACCGCAACAUCGCCCUCGGCAUCAACCUGACCUCCCUGACCAAAGUGCUGCGCGCGGCGCAGAGCGAAGACAUCCUCACGCUCAAAGCGGAGGACACGCCGGAUGUGGUGAACUUGGUCUUCGAGGACCCCAAGACGGAUCGCUUCAGUGAGUAUGAUAUCAAGUUGAUGGAUAUCGAUCAGGAGCACUUGGGCAUUCCGGAUACCGAGUAUGCGGCCACGGUGACGCUGCCGAGCUCGGAGUUUCAGCGCAUCUGUCGGGAUUUGAAUCAGUUGUCGGAGUCGGUCGCCAUCGAAUGCACAAAAGAAGGCGUCAAGUUCACCUGCACGGGCGACAUCGGCUCCGGCGCCGUCUCCCUGCGCCCGCACAGCAACGUCGAGGACGAGACGCAGAACGUGGAGAUCAACCUCAGCGAGCCCGUCGCCCUGACCUUUUCGCUCAAAUACCUCGUCAAUUUCUGCAAGGCCAGUGGGCUGAGCAAGCAGGUGCGCCUGUGUCUGAGCAACGAGGUGCCGUUGCUGGUCGAGUAUGGGCUGGCGAAUAAUAGUUAUUUGCGCUUCUAUCUUGCGCCGAAGAUCGGCGAUGAGGAGUAG